GUUGAAGAGUGAAGCGAAGGCCGAGUCUGUAAAUCUACAGCGAGGGAUGUCAACCGCAGUUAUCCAAAAAGAUACAGCGAAGGAGAUUGAGCAGCUCUUUGCUGCGAAACAAGAAACCGCCUAUUGGGAGGAAAGUUAUAACGGUUUACUGCCGGAACACGAGGUCUUUCAGAACAAUUUCAUGGAGUUACAAGACAAAUUAGUCGGAAUGCAGGAAGAGUAUGAAAAUUCACAGAAGGAACUUUUGAGUUGCAGCAAAAAUUAUAGCAUCAAGGUAUGUAAAUUGGAGAUGCAGCUACAGAACGCAAGAAAGGAAAGAGAAAACCUUAAGACUCAGCUUAGUGAAUCACGCGACGAACUUCGCGAAGGCAAAGAACUGAACUCUUUGCUACAGAAGGAAGUUCUCAAGAUACAGCACCAAGCAGAUAGCCAUAAAGAAGAACUUGUGAGCAAACAAACACAAGUGGAAAAGCUUGAAAAUGCCAAUAGAGACCUUGUGUCAAAAAUUGCUGAUCUGAAUAGGCAGAUUUCCCAACGGAGAAUGGCCUUUGAAUCGCGUGCAGAGAAAGGUACAGAUGUUGAAACCGAGCUAAGUUGGUUUCAGUCAAAAUUUAAUGAGUUACUUGCAGUUUUGGAAUCUUUGAAAGCGGAAGAUUAUGGCCAUCAAAGAGACUAUUUUGCUUUGGUUGCUCCCGUUAAGCUUACCACAAAAGAGACUGAUGAGGAGACGCUAGACAGAAUCACGGAGCUGGAAUUGGAAAAUUCAAAAUUGCGUGGCACCAUUGCUGAACUAUUAUCAGAAAUGUCUGCGCAAGAAGGAGAAGGAUUGAACAUGGAACCCAUCUAUGCUCAAGAUGAUAUAGAACAGCUCACACAGAGGCUAGAAGAAUCUUCGAUACAAAUUAGUCAAUUAGAAAGCAGUUUCGAAGCAGCAAUUCGCGAGGGAGAUGAUUUACGAGAAGAACUUUCAUCAUCUGAACGAAGAAUGUCUCAGGCAAAAGAUCUACUACAGAAUGUUGAGGAUGCCAAUUAUGAACUCGAAGAGAAGAUGGCAAACAUGCAAAGAAAAAUUAUCAAUUACCAGCGAGAUGCUGAGAGCGCAUUGAGGCUGAACACAGACCUUAAAGCUGAGCUUGAAGAGGAAAGGUCAAAAGCCAAAAGGUUAAACACAGAGGUUACAAAGCUGAAACAUCGUUUCGAUGAACUUGAAAGAAAUACGGACUUAAAACAGGGAGAGAUCCGUGAUAAAGAUGAAAUCAUUAAGAAUUUGACGGCAUCAUUGGCAGCGAACAAGUUGAGGACUGAUUCUCUUCUGGGUGAGUUGAACAAGAUUCAAGCCCAAAUAGAAAUCUCAGUGGAGGAAAAAAUAGAAAUGCAAGACGAACUUUUCGAAGCACAGAAGAGAAUUCAAGAUGCGGAUACGCAUACUCGACUGAUUACCGAAGAGAACGGAGACCUAAGCCGUGAGGUACGGCGGUUUUAUCAGAGAUUAUCUGAGCUUAAAGCUUCGUACAAAACUUGCGAGCACGAAAAGUUCGAUUUUCAGCAACAGGCCAUGGCUUUGCAGGAGAGGGUUAGUAAACUGGAGGCUGAGGUAGACAAAACUAUUAAGUUACCCUUCAACUUCAGCUUCAUCUGGGGACCACCAACUCUGGAAUAUGUUGCGACUUACGAUGCAGCGAAUCAAGAGAUUGAUUUACAAAAAAAGUGAAUGAGAAAAGUUAUAAGUUUUUGAAAAACGCUCUUCUGUUAAGUUGACGGAAAAAGUGAAAUACUUGGCGGACUUUCAAGUGGGAGUUGUCAAGGUAGACGAGCCGACGUUAACGUAAUCCAUCCAAAGUUCUCGUCAGCGGUUAUCUCCUUUAUAAACUGAGUGCUUUACUUAAAAUGCGUGAUGGACGAAGUGUGCAAAUACACAGAAAAGAGUGCGGCAUUAUUGACACGUGUUCAAGAAAAAUAGAAAGCAAGCUCUUAACGUUAAUGUGAAGAACUGAAGAAAGGGAAGGAGUUGUACAAAUUUUUAUCUUAAAAGCGAGAAAAAUAUUUCACAACCUCUAAGUAUAACUCAAUAUGGUGUGAAACCAGAUGGUUACCCAUGGAAAUGAAUUUAAGGAGAUGUGCAUACGUUGUCAAGGUUACUGAAACGAAACACAAAUAAUUAAGGACGACCACGUUGUCAGCUAAAACUUAGUGUAGAAAGAGAGCAUCAUUAAAUGACUGUGUGGAGAAACUUCUUGCAACUGUAUCGAUAUUGUAAGGAGAAAUUCCUUUUUGUUCAUUCAAAGAAGUGAAAUGGGUAACAUCAUAAAUAAACACUACAA